UGUCGCGUCACGUCUCGUCGGCAGCGAGACGUCGAUCGUCGCAACGUAUAUGUGUACAAUACGUCAGUGCACCGACGGUGAUAAGCGCGCGGAGGAGGCGUGUUUGUGCGGAAAGAGCGUCGUUGGGCGGCGAAGGGACGCGCGGGCGACAAUCGCAGAUUCCGCGGCUAAAUGCGCCGUGUCGCGCGAUUCCGCAACGCGGAGGCUGCGAUUACUUGAAAGAGGAUAACCUCUCGGCGGAUCCCGGAUCGCGGUGGCAAAAUCACAAUCGCCACGUACAAAAACGAGCCGAGACGGUAAUUUCUCCGAUCAUGGCGUGUCUGUUGCUGAAUCAGGAGAACGUGCGAGUGAAAAUACCGUCCUUCGAGACAACGGACGGGGUCACGUAUUACUGCAUCGAGGUUGGAAUCGCGUCGAUCAAAUGGACCGUGAAGCACAGAUACAACGAUUUCGCGGAAUUGCACGAGAAACUGGUCUCCGAACAUUGCGUGGAAAAGGACAUUUUACCGCCAAAGAAACUCAUCGGCAACAAGUGCGAGGCUUUUGUGGAGAAACGCAGACAAAAUCUCGAGAUAUAUCUGAAUAUCGUUUACAAUUACCUGAAGAAAGCGAUGCCCAGAGAACUGGCUGUGUUCCUCGAUCUUCACGUAUACGACAUAUACUUUUUGCUGCAGAGCAUGGCUCUGGAAUUUUUUAUUAGCGGCGAAGCUCUGCUACAGACUUCUACCAGCUACAAGUUCAACCCUAUACAGUUGCACGCGAUCAGCGAGAGAUUGAAGCAACCGUGUCCGCUGAUGGAAGUCGUGGAUAAAAAAUACGACUUUAGUCACGUUCUCGACUUCAAUUCUCAUCUAACUAGUCUCACGAUUGAGGGUAGUUCGGAACCCUACAGAACCAGCAAUAUUUACACCUCCACGUUGCCCAUCGAACUGUCCACUUUUAAGAACGUGCAAAAUUUAAUGAUCGAUCGAUAUCCCGUGGACAAAAUCUACAACAUGGGAAAUCUACGGGACACCGUAACGACGUUGAAGGUGACAAACACCAAGCUCAGAAGCAUCGUGGAGUUGGCUAUGUGCGAGGAAGUUCACAAGAUCAUCGAGAACGCGAACGAUUCUCACGUGUGGAUGAAAGUCACGCAUCUGGACCUAAGCGACAAUCGCAUCGAAGUUAUCGACGAGGCGAUCAAGCUGCUGCCGCAGAUCGAGUGCCUCACGUUGAACAACAAUCACUUGUCCGAGAUCUCGAAUGUGACGUUACUGCCGAGAUUGUCGCAGCUGUAUUUAGCGUCCAACAAUUUCGCCAGUUUACCGGACGAUCUUCACACUCGGCUCGGAUACAUCGUGUACAUCGACCUGUCGCAAAACAAAUUGACCUCGCUCGCCAGUUUCUCCAAGUUGUACUCGUUGGAGGGACUGGACGUAAGCUGCAAUCGCAUCGAGAGGAUCGAGGAGGUGAAACACAUCGGUCACCUGCCUUGUUUGGAGAAUCUGAGACUCACGGGCAAUCCGGUCUCCACGAUAGUGGACUACCGAGUCAAGGUGUUGGAGCCGUUCGGCAAACGUGCCGCGGAAAUCUGUUUGGAUAACGAGAAACCGAAUCAAAAGGAACUCGAUACCGUGUCGGUUCACCAGGCGUUGCGCAUCGCGAGAGAAGGUAAAUCGCCCACCUUCACCGCGUCGGACGCUCCUCUGUUCUCCGCUGAAGUUCCGAGUAUAUAAAAAAAAAAAAAAAAAAUUCAGUUGCGAUUUUCCUUUUUAUCGCGAUGACCAAAUUUUGCGAUGAAUAUUUAGAUACGAAAAAUAAUUAAUUAAAUACGCGAAGAAAUACGUUUUUAUACGAUAUGUAAAUUUUAUCGAUUUACGAGACUGAAUCUGUUCUCUUAACGGAAUUGUAGUGUUUUUGGUCUUGUGUUUUGUCGUUCGCCGAUCGGUUUGGUGCAAUACAAAAUUUUUUUUAUUGCCGUUGCGAGAAACCAAAUACACACGUAGAACAAAGUAGUGCGCUUUGUCGUAAUUUCUCUAGUUAAGUCCCAGAGAUAAAACGCACCGAAGUUUUUUAAUCAAAACUCUUUAGAUCCAUGACAAAAUUGUAAAAACGUGAUAUCGCAAUCGGAACGAAUUCACCGGGAAUGUCGCUAUACUCGAUACAUGUAAUUUAUAUGUUAAUGAAAUUACACACGUAACGUGCAUCUUUUUUUUCGAUCGCAAUUCGUAACAAUCGACAACUCCGUUUGUUAUGUAAAUUGCGCGGCGUAAAUUAAUUGAUUUUAUCCCGUUUCCCGUUUUACGCAAGACUUUUAUCUUUCUCGAUCGUUUAAAUAUUAUUUUAAAUCGUUUAAAAUUAUUUUAAGGUAUCUUGUUUAACUCGUCUUCUUCAUUUUUAAGAAAUAAUAUACAAGAACUCUGUGAAUCAGUUUUAUAAUAACUUAGUGUAAAAGAGAUUAUAUAUAUACAUAUAAAGAAACAUUAUUUUGUUAAUAAAGACAAGUAAAUCAAACAUUUCUGUGUAACUUGGAUUUUUCUGUAACUUGUUUUUGUCGUACGAAAUAUUGUUGUUUACAACUAAAUAAUAAUAAAUUAAAACAGAGGUCUCAAAUUACGAGCAAAGUAUAGAUCGAGGUAAAAUAUAUAUUCAUUUAGCAAUCUCAAUACAUAAGGUGUGUAUUUAAUUUAUUAUUAUUUAGUUUUAAACAACGAGCGAUUUCUCUAUUAUUGUUUAUACGCUGAUCGCGAAGAAAGCAUCGAUAAUAUUUCACAUGCCGAAUUGUCCCCACUUACCUUGCACGUUUUAGAAGGAAUAUAUAUAUGUUAACUUUCGUUUUUCUUUACAUUAUUAUUAACAAAAUACACAUUUAUUUUGUCAUCGACUUUUAUUUGAACUUGUGUUCGCAUUACCUUUAAGUAUUAUGCGUAUCUCGAAAAAAUAUUAAAAUAUUCAUAAAUAAUAUCAAUUAUGUAUAUAUAUAUAUAUAUAUAAUGCUCAUAUAUAUAUAUUUAUGUAUAUACUAAGCUUUCGUGUUAUAGUCUUUUAACGUACACCUAAACUAACACGUACACAUGUAAGUUAACCAUUACAAAUAAUCGUUUCUCUUUUUUUUUUUUUUUUGUUUUCGUUGAUUUGUAAUAGUUUUUUCGAUUUGAUAUCGCGGUGCACAAGUAAG